AAAUGUCCCUCUCCCCGCCAAUGCCGCCCUUCAACUCCUCCGACCCGAGCGCCUCGUUCCUCUCCACCUCGGCCCUCGACUUCCUCCUCAUCGAGCUCGUGCCCCUCGCCCACCGCGUCACCUCCCAGCGCGACUUUUCCUCUCCCUCGCCCGCCGCCACUUCAUCUUUGUCCACGCAGCUCUCCCCUCCAGCGAACCACCAGCAGCAACAACAUCCCGACAACGACAGCACCGCCGCGCAGGCGCAGGCGCAAACCUCCUCCCCUUCGGUCGAGCAUCCCGCAAAGAGGAUAGACGACGAGGAGCACCUCGAUGCGGUGCACUACCGGCUCGAGGCGCAAGGCUACCGCGUCGGGCAGGGCCUCGUAGAAAGAUUCUCCCGCGACCGCCCGCGCUUCAACGACACCCUCGACGUCAUCAAGUUCCUCUGCAAAGACCUCUGGUCCCUCGUCUUUGGCAAGAACAUUGACAACUUGAAGACGAACCACCGCGGAGUCUACGUUUUGACCGAUAAUGCCUUCCGCCCGUUUUCUCGCAUGAGCACGGAGACAGGCAGCCAAGCCGUUGUCCGCGCACAGCCCUUUCUCUGGUUUCCCUGCGGCAUCAUCCGCGGCGCUCUGGCUGCCCUGGGUAUCAGCGCCACCGUCCAAGCCGAGGUCAACGAGCUACCGGCAGCUAUAUUCCAGAUCAAGACCGUCGUCGCCAAGCCUCAGUGACCGAACAAGACAAGCCCGGUCCAUCAACUCCCCGGACGACCGCUCAAUCCAACCUUGCGCGACGAGCAGCGGACUGUAACCAGUGUGGAACGAAAAAGACUAUCCCAACAACAAUGGGUCCGCGUGGGGGAAAAGAGACUCUGGGACAAUUUUACAGCCUAUGAAAGAGAGCAAAUCAUCAGCCACCCUGCUUAUGCGCGCGCGUAUAUAUUAUACCCAGUAGUCAUAUAGCUAUUGUCCCUCAAGACCGGCUACCUCGACACUAGAACAGCUACCCAGAGGCUGCAAGUUUCAGGAGGAAAGUAUUUACUUUUGGGGAGGGUUGUGGGCAAAGUCGACGCCCUUCUGAAUGUUGGCCUUGAGGCCCUCGACAGCCUUGCCCAGGAGCUCCUUCUCCUUCUCG